UGUGCUAUGGCGCCCGUUCAGUCUUGGCCGCCCUUCCCGUUCGUUCUGCAUGACUGUUGGUCACGUCCCUCCCUUCACCUUCGACCCCCGACGGUGAGUUCUCCCAGUUGCAGCCAGCGGAGCACCGCAGUUGACACCUUUCGUUUUGCGGGAGCCGCUUCCACUUCUAUUUGCGCCUUGAGGGAGGGAGUAUGUUCCCACGCGCUGUACUGCAACUUCCGGGUACCAAGUCUGUAGCGAGUCCAGUGGGAGGGAAAAGGGAGAGCACAAAAACGCGCGGCGGGAAGAAAGAGAGCGAAAAGGGAACCCGCAACAGCAACAGAGAGCAACGCUUGGAGAACAACGACAGGCAGGCACAGGAAAGGCCCUUGCUGAAUGCCAACAGCCCUCGCUCGCUCUGUCGCUAUGGCCGCCACAAAGGACUUGUCCCGCAAGCUCAAGGGCUAUGACUUCUACGAGAAAAUACUCAAGAGCCCAAAGCACAUUGUCGCGCCUAUGGUCGACCAGGUACCGUACGGGAGGGAGGGGGGCGAGGUGUUUCGUCUAUGUUGGAGGGUUGAGAGAGAAGGGGUCCCUAACAGGGUGUCAUCCUUCAUAUUUUGGUUUCGCCUGUGGUUUUUUUUGCAGUCGGAAUACGCCUGGCGCAUCCUCUCCAACCGCUACGGCGCGCAUCUCUGCUAUACCCCGAUGCUCCAUGCCCGCCUCUUCUCCUCCCCCGACGGCAAAUACAAGCACGAAAACUGGCAGACCGGCCCCCACGACCGGCCCCUCAUCGCCCAAUUCUGCGCGAACGAGCCCUCCAUCCUCCUCGCCGCCGCGAAGCUCAUCGAACACGAAUGCGACGCGGUCGAUAUCAACCUCGGCUGUCCGCAGCAUAUCGCCAAGCGGGGCCGGUAUGGCGCGUUCUUGCAGGAUGAGUGGGAUCUUAUUGCCGAGAUGGUGAAGACCCUGGAUGAGCAUUUGGCGGUGCCCGUGACAGUCAAGAUUCGCGUGUUCCCUGAAGUGGAGAAGACGAUCCGGUACGCCAAGAUGAUUGAGGCCGCGGGGGCACAGUUGUUGACGGUGCAUGGACGGUUAAGGGAGCAGAAGGGGCAUAAGACGGGACUGGCGGAUUGGGAGCAGAUUAGGGCGGUGAAGCAGGCGGUGGGGAUUCCAGUUUUUGCGAAUGGGAAUAUCUUAUACAAGGAAGAUAUCGAUCGCUGUUUGGAGGCCACGGGCGCGGAUGGGGUUAUGACUGCGGAGGGAAACCUAUACAACCCAGGCAUAUUCACCGGAAAGCACUACGCAUCCUGGAAACUCGCGGAAGAGUACCUUGAAAUAUGCACCUCAAUCCCCAACAGCUCCACCGUAAGCGCCAUCCGGGGACAUCUUUUCAAAAUGUUCAAGCCUUGCCUCCACGAACACCCCGACCUCCGCACCGCCCUCGGCAAAGUCCCCUCCCUCCAAGGAAUGAUCGACUGGGUCCAACAAAUCAAAUCUCGUCUCCUCAAAGUCUCCCCCGAAGAAGUCUACACCCCCCCCUACACCCUCUCCCCCGCCGGCUACCGGGUCCUCCCCACAUGGUGCCUGCAACCCUACUUCCGCGUCGACGGCACGCUCAAGAACGCCGACGCGCCCGACCGCCUCGACGAGGAGAGUAAGCAGACGACCAUCCAGGCGGAGGAGCUGAGUAGGGAUGAGGAGGUCAUUGCGGUUCAUGACGGGAAUGCGGACGCGGAGGGCGAGGGCGAGGGCGAGCAGCAGGCGAAGAACGCACGCAAACGCGGUCUGGACCCGGAACCGGGGGAUAAGAAUAAGGCCCGCCGCACCACAAAAAAACCCGCACCGAAACACCCGAUCUGCACAUCCGCAACCUGCGCCAACGUCGCCUCGCUCAAAUGCGCGUUCGGGUUCUGUAAAGGCUGUUGUCGGAGUCUCGGGCCUGGCAUGGAUCGAGCGACGAGCGGGGCCGGUGAUGCCGCUGCGGUGCCCGUGCCCGUGGGGGAUAAGGGUCAGGGGGCGGAGGGUGAGGGGGAGAAGAAGGAGGCGGUGGUGGUAUGUACAGCGCACGGAACGAAGAAAGCGGUAGAGCCGGCCGAGGCUGUUUAGAUGUAGAUACAAGGGGGGGAAAAUCAUCCAUUUUGGGGAGGCUGCGUUAAAGUGUAGGUCGUAGUGUAGUUAUUUAUUUAUAUUUUUUUUGCGUAGAGAGGAAAUGGAAGAGCCAAGUCUAGCACGGUUGCAUCUUUCCCAUUGGGGGACGGAUAUAAUACG